AUGGCGGCCGCCCAGGCCUUCGUCGCGGCGCCCGCAGGCCCCGCUGGCCGCGCGCAGGCCAGCGGACUGCAGGCCACGCCCGCCGCGGCGGCCGGCGGGGCCGCCCUGCGCGCCCAGGACGCAGCCGCUCCCGCCGGGCGCGGGAGCGCCACCGGUGGCGCCCUGGUCUGCGCGCUGGCCGUCGCGGGCGGCCGCGGGGCGCUGAAGCAGAGGCGGAGGAAGGCGCGCACGGUGGCCGUGCGGGCGGUGCGGCGCCCCUGCCACGGCGGGGAGCACCUCUCCGAGGAGCGGAAGGCCGAGCUCGUGGGGGUCGUGCAGCAGAUCUGCACGCCCGGCAAGGGCAUCACCGCCACGGACGAGGGCCCCGGCACCAUCGGCAUCCGCUUCGAGGCGGUGGGCGUGGAGAACACGGAGGAGAACAGGCGCCAGUACAGGCAGAUGCUGUACAAGACGCCGGGGAUCAACCAGUACCUGAGCGCGGCGAUCCUGGACCCGGAGACCAUUUACCAGAAGGACGACGACGGUAAGCUGUUCCCCGAGGUGCUCUCCAACCUAGGGAUCGUCCCGGGUAUCAAGCCGCACCUAAAGGUGUACACGCUCCCCGGUACCGGCGGCGACACCGUCAUGCAGGGCCUCGACUCGCUGUCCGCCCGCUGCGCGGAGUACAAGGCGGCGGGCUGCAAAUUCGCGAAAUGGAGGAGCCCGCUGGCGAUCACAGAGGACGGGUGCCCGACGGACCUGGCGAUCAAGGCCAACAUGGAGGACCUCGCCAGGUACGCCCUGAUCUGCCAAGACGAGGGGCUCGUGCCCAUCGUGGAGCCCGACAUCGUGAUGAAGGGCACGCAUACACUCAAGACCGCGGUCGAAGUGAACACUCAGGUGCAGUCCGCUCUCUACAAGGCCAUGCUGGACCACGGCGUCUUCAUGGAGGGUUGCGUCAUGAAGACGAACCUCGUCAACCCGGGCCUGGACUGCCCCGAGUCCUACACCGUCGAGGAGAUCGCGGACGCCAACCUGACGGUGCUCCGCAGGGUGAUGCCGAUGGCGGUUCCCGGGGUGAACUACCUUAGCGGAGGCCAGAGCCUCGAGGACGCGGCCGCACGCCUGGACGCCAUGAACAAGAUGAAGACGAAGGAGCCCUGGAACCUGAGCUUCUCCUGGAGCUGGGCGCUGCAGGCUCCCCUCUUCAAGCUCUGCGAGGGCACGGGCGGCAAGAUGCCCCUCGACGACAUGGGCGCGCUGUACCUCGAGGAGCUUGGCACGGCCAGCGCCGCCGCCCUGGGCAAGCACGAACCGGCACCGGGCGACGGCGGGCACACGGCGAAGAAAGUGGCCAGGCCGACCGUCGGCAUCGGCAUCAACGGCUUCGGGCGCAUCGGACGCCAGGUGGCCCGCAUCGUCAUGAAGGAUCCAGAGACGGAGCUCAGGUUGGUGAACGCGAGCUACGACGCGGAGCGGAUCUUGCGUACCAGAUGA